AGGAAGUUGCGCACGACGACCAGCGAGUUACAAUGGCGCCUCUAGAUCUGGAUAAAUAUGCCGAGAUCGCCAAACAGUGUAAAUACCUUCCAGAAAAUGACCUCAAGCGGUUAUGUGACUACGUGUGUGAUCUCCUGCUGGAGGAGUCCAACGUUCAGCCUGUCUCUACUCCUGUAACAGUAUGUGGGGACAUACAUGGACAGUUUUAUGAUCUCUGCGAACUCUUCCGAACUGGCGGCCAAGUUCCAGACACAAAUUACAUAUUCAUGGGAGACUUUGUUGACCGAGGAUACUACAGUCUGGAGACAUUCACCUACCUGCUGGUGUUGAAAGCCAAAUGGCCCGACCGCAUCACUCUUCUACGUGGAAACCACGAGAGCAGACAGAUCACCCAAGUUUAUGGAUUUUAUGAUGAGUGCCAGACCAAGUAUGGGAAUGCAAAUGCAUGGCGUUACUGCACCAAAGUGUUCGAUAUGUUAACCGUUGCAGCUCUAAUGGACGAGCAGAUCCUGUGUGUCCACGGAGGCCUCUCCCCAGACAUUAAAACCCUAGAUCAAAUUCGAACCAUUGAGCGGAACCAGGAGAUUCCCCACAAAGGAGCCUUCUGUGAUCUGGUGUGGUCCGACCCUGAAGAUGUUGACACCUGGGCUAUCAGUCCAAGAGGAGCUGGCUGGCUCUUUGGUGCAAAGGUCACAAAUGAGUUUGUCCACAUCAAUAACCUUAAGCUGAUCUGCCGAGCGCACCAACUUGUCCAUGAAGGCUACAAGUUCAUGUUUGAUGAGAAGCUGGUCACAGUGUGGUCAGCUCCCAACUACUGCUAUCGCUGUGGCAACAUCGCCUCCAUUAUGGUCUUUAAAGAUGCUAACACGAGAGAGCCGAAGCUCUUCAGAGCAGUGCCCGACUCUGAAAGAGUCAUCCCACCCCGAACAACAACACCGUAUUUCCUGUAAGCACAUUCAAACUUAAACAACGCAGCCAUUUGUUCAGUGCACAGCUACUAAACAGAAUAGUGACAUCAGUUCUUAUGAACCCAUGUGAAUUCAGUGCAUUUGGAGCAUUAACAGCAAAUUUCUUGGUGCCAAUUGUUUUCCCCAGUCUGUACAUAUAGAGCCAUUAUUCUAAAGCGCAAAUCAAAUUGAGACUUUACAGUGAGGCAAGAUGCUCAGUAGCAUCGUUGUGCUGUUGAUAUGUAUGAGAGGAAAGAUUAACGUUACACAAAAGUCAAAUAACACUUGUAAAAUGUUAAUAUUUACAAAUCUCAAUUAUGCUUUGCAAUAAAAAGUUACUCUGCUGAGCAAAUGGC